AUGGCGCCAAAGGCUGAGAAGAAGCCCGCUGAGAAAAAGCCAGCGGAGGAGACGAAACCAGCUGAGAAAGCCCCUGCUGAGAAGAAGCCAAAGGCCGGGAAGAAGCUCCCCAAGGAAGCCGGCGCCGGUGCCGUUGACAAGAAGAAGAAGAGAAACAAGAAGAGUGUGGAGACAUACAAGAUCUACAUCUUCAAGGUGCUUAAGCAGGUUCAUCCUGACAUCGGUAUCUCAAGCAAGGCCAUGGGGAUCAUGAACUCGUUCAUCAACGACAUCUUCGAGAAGCUUGCUCAGGAAUCUUCGAAGCUUGCGAGGUACAACAAAAAGCCGACGAUCACCUCCAGGGAAAUUCAGACGGCGGUGAGAUUGGUUCUUCCCGGAGAGUUGGCAAAGCAUGCUGUUUCCGAGGGGACCAAGGCUGUAACCAAAUUUACCAGUUCUUAG